GAACCCCACGCUGCCACUCCGAGCCUGCAGGGAGGUUUAAUAUUUCAGCCGAGGACUCUGGAACCCCGGGGGAUGAAGAUUUCAUCCCCAGUCAGGAACACGCCCUCGCGGCGAUGCUGAGAUAAAGCCCGCUCACCUCGUGAGACAGCAGCUCGCGCCUGGACUGGAAGACAUCAUCUCUCUCUGUUCUCUGACACCAUGACAACCGCGGCAAACGAACACCGAACCCCCCCGGCUCACGCUACAGCAACACAAAUCCGGUGAGUGUACCUCAGCGCGCGCAGUGUACGGUACUGUGUGCAGCAAAGCGCGCAGGAGCGCUUCAACGUCGCUGCUCACUGACAUACGCCACAUUCAGCCGCCUCUAACCGUGGAGAAGAUAAACCUCUCCCGCUCCAGGAGCGCUGGACACCGACACCUACUUCAGAUUACCGGCUGCUUUCCCUCUCAAGGCAAAGAGGAACGAAGAUGGGAAAGGUAGGAGACAAGCAGAGCUUGCGGCGUGGAUAAUUAUUGAGCUUCGUUAUCGGCGGUAGAGCCACAGAAACAGGACCGCUCUCCUGACCGGACGGUCAACCGUCUCUCUCUCCUGACCGUACCGCGAGGCUGACGGGGUGACUAACAGAGGAUUCCGAAACUGUGAAGCAGCAUGAACCCCCAGCUGUACUACAGGAGGAGUGGCAGGGCUCCGUACCGGGACCGUAUCCCCCUGCGUGUGGUCCGGGCCGAGGCAGAGCUGAGCCCUGAGGAGAGGGCCUACCUCACCGCCGUGGAGAAGGGUGAUUAUGCAGGGGUGAAGCAGGCUCUACAGGAGGCAGGGAUCUAUUACAACAUCAACCUGAACUGUCUGGACCCUCUGGGGCGCAGUGCGCUGCUCAUCGCCAUCGACAACGAGAACCUGGAGGUCAUGGAGCUGCUGCUGGACCACGGCGUCGCCAUGGGAGACGGCCUCCUGUACGCCAUCAGGAAGGAGGUGGUGGGCGCCGUGGAGAUGCUGCUGUCGCACAGGCGCCCCUGCGGAGAGAAGCAGGUCCCCUCCCUGAUGAUGGACAGCCAGUUCUCAGAGUUCACCCCGGACAUCACCCCCAUCAUGCUGGCGGCCCACACCAACAACUACCAGAUCAUCAAGCUGCUGGUCCAGAGGAAGGUGGCGGUGCCGCGGCCCCACCAGCUCCGCUGUGACUGCGCCACGUGCGUGUCCAGCUCCGAGGUGGACAGCCUGAGGCACUCGCGCUCGCGCCUCAACGUGUACAAGACCCUGGCCAGCCCCUCGCUCAUCGCCCUCUCCAGCGAAGACCCCUUCCUCACCGCCUUCAAGCUGGGCUGGGAGCUCAUGGAGCUCAGCAAGGUGGAGAAUGAGUUCCGUCAGGAGUACGAGGAGCUGUCGCAGCAGUGUAAGAUGUUUGCUAAGGACCUCCUGGACCAGGCCCGCAGCAGCAGGGAGCUGGAGACCAUCCUCAAUCACCGUGACGACCACAGCCAGGAGCUGGACCUGCAGGAGAGCCACGACCUGGCCAAGCUGAAGCUGGCCAUCAAGUACCAUCAGAAGGAGUUCGUCUCCCAGCCCAACUGCCAGCAGCUGCUGUCUACUCUGUGGUACGACGGCUUCCCCGGCUGGAGGCGGCGUCACUGGGCCGUCAAGCUCCCCACCUGCGUCCUCAUUGGCCUGCUCUUCCCCGUCUUCUCAUUGGUCUACCUGCUGGCGCCCCGGAGCACCCUGGGAGCGUUCGUCAGGAAGCCCUUCAUCAAGUUCAUCUGCCACACGGCCUCCUACCUCACGUUCCUCUUCCUCCUCCUCCUCUCCUCCCAGCACAUCGUCAGGACGGACCUGCACGUGCAGGGGCCGCCCCCCACCGUGGUGGAGUGGAUGAUCCUGCCCUGGGUGCUGGGGUUCAUCUGGGCAGAGAUUAAGGAGAUGUGGGAUGGAGGUUUUACUGAGUACAUUCAUGACUGGUGGAACCUAAUGGACUUUGCCAUGAACUCUCUAUACCUAGCUACCAUCUCCCUAAAGAUGGUGGCAUAUUUCAAGUAUAACUCUUCCAGGCCCAGGGAGGAAUGGGAGGUGUGGCACCCCACCCUGAUAGCGGAGGCCUUGUUUGCCAUCGCCAACAUCUUCAGCUCCCUGCGGCUCAUCUCCCUGUUCACGGCCAACUCUCACCUGGGGCCCCUGCAGAUCUCCCUGGGACGCAUGCUGCUGGACAUCCUCAAGUUCCUCUUCAUCUACUGCCUGGUGCUGCUAUCCUUUGCUAACGGUCUGAACCAGCUGUAUUUCUACUAUGAGACCAAGGCUGCAGACGAGCCCAACCACUGCAAGGGCAUCCGCUGUGAGAGGCAGAACAACGCCUUCUCCACGUUGUUUGAGACCCUGCAGUCUCUGUUCUGGUCUGUGUUCGGCCUGCUGAACCUGUACGUCACCAACGUGAAGGCUCGCCACGAGUUCACAGAGUUCGUAGGAGCCACCAUGUUUGGAACCUACAACGUCAUCUCCCUGGUGGUGCUGCUCAACAUGCUGAUCGCCAUGAUGAACAACUCCUACCAGCUCAUAGCUGACCAUGCAGACAUAGAGUGGAAGUUCGCCCGCACCAAGCUGUGGAUGAGCUACUUUGACGAAGGGGGCACGCUGCCCCCCCCCUUCAACAUCGUCCCCAGCCCCAAGACCCUGUGGUACCUGUGUGUCUGGCUGCAGAGGUGGCUCUGGGGGGAGAGGCACCCCCCCCACGACGACGCGCAAACACGCAACCUCAGACAGUUCACGGAACGUCAUGCUGAUCAAAUGAUUCAAAACCAGCACUAUCAGGAGGUGAUCAGGAACCUGGUGAAGAGAUACGUAGCAGCUAUGAUCCGCAGCGCUAAGACAGACGAGGGGCUGACAGAGGAGAACUUCAAGGAGUUGAAGCAGGACAUUUCCAGCUUCCGCUACGAGGUUCUGGAUCUCCUAGGCAACAGGAAGCCCGAAAGGCGGACCUACUCCUCCAGCAGUGAGGAGGGGGGCGGAGCCAGGCCAGAUGAGGUGGGAGGGGCUAAAGCCAGGGGCGCAUCCUUCAGCCCGUCAGUUGACCAGAAGGGCCGGACGGACUCCGCCUUCAGUGUGUCCGCCCUCUUCAGCUCCAUGGCGAGGGAGAAGGGGGCGGAAGAGGGGGAGGGAGCCGGGGAGAAGCCGAGGACCGUCUCCCCGCUGUGGUGGGGGCGUUUGGGGGGAGGGACGGGUGGGGGGGGUCUGCAGCGGUUCUCCAGGUCCAAGAGAGACUCCAUCAGACGCCUGGGGCUCCUCUUCUCACGCAUGAACGGACACAUCCCUGCCCCGCCCAGGCCUGCCGCCCCUCCUAGCAUGACUCAGCAGCAGGACGCCUACAUCAUCUCGGAUGGAACGCUCGGCCAGCCCUGCCCCGCCCAGGCCUGCUGCCCAUCCCAGACCUGCGCUCAGAUUCCAGAGGACUUUAACAGGCAGACCUCCCACUCCCAGCAUCCCCAGCCCAAGCCCCCCCACUCCCCGACCCCAGUUCCCCAGAUUCCCCACCCCCAGCCCAGCAGCAGCCUCCAGCUCCCAGCCUCCUCCCUGGAUGGGACAGAGGCCGGCUGUGAUGACCCAGGCUCAGAGGGGAGGGCGGAGCAGGACGAGUCCAUUACCACAAAGCUGUAGACCCCAUCCCAGAAAUGGAACAUUCCACUGGAAACCAGCUGGAGGACAACAAGAUCCAGAAUACCCCCGCUUCUCUCUGAAGAUGGAACAGUCCACGAACCCUCUAUGUAGUGAGGAGACCGACGAGUCACUGCUGCGUCCUGCACACUCAUUUACACACACACACGAUAUACACACGAUAGCAACAAUGCAAGCUGUAUCUUUUCUACUGCCAUAUGGUUGCACGAUCCUCUACUACCCUCUAGUGGUGGCAUUUUCCCACCAGGUAAUAGAAAGCACGAGAUCUACAUGAUUUACUUUCUAACUUAUUUGACCCACUUUUAUGCAACUCCUGCACACUGAGCCAUGGUUGGCUGAAAGCAUGUAAACCAGUAAAAAUUAUUUUAUUAAGAUGCUGAAUUAUGUGUUAGAAAGGCUGUGAUUGGUGGCUGGGCAGUGGCGCAAGGCUGUGAUUGGAGAAGAUGGACCAGGCAGUGUUUGGAGGAACACAACUCUUUUAUUAUUUGAAAUAUGAAAAGAGAAGAGAACACACGAUGGUACAAACAACAUAAAGACAUCCCUGUUAACUUAGAAGGGAACCAACAUGGCUACUCCUGGUCAUCCCGCCCCCUAACAUGGCCACGCCCACCCUGAACAACUGGGCCGCAGGUAACUAGAGACAUUCUGACUGGAAACAAAAGACUAUCUGCUACAUGAGGUAGAUUAGUGUGUACCUGUGUGUGUGUAUGAACGUGCGUGUGCACGUGUGAGCAUGCGUGCAUGUGCCUGAGUGCGGUGCGUACCUGUGGGUGGCGUGAACGCGCGUGAAAGUUUCUACAUACUGGGGGGUAUGAAGUGGGUGUGGUGAGUGGGCGGGGCCGAGACGUAGGCCAGGUGGGAGGGGCAGUAGGAGGAGUGGGGGCGUGGCUGGGCAUGGUUGGGGGCAUGGCCAGCCAUCCAGGGCGGGGCUAGGUAGUGGUAGGACAG